CUUAAAAUUCGACGAUUAGAAAGAAUUCAAACGAAGGAUUAAAUCAAAGAUUAUAUCCAAACUCUAUAAUAAAACCUGUAAGAUAUACAUUGUAUUUUAUUGGAUUAUGGCCGGAUUAUACUUAUGCAAUUUUACAUCGUAUACUUUGGGUUUUUGCAUUGGGUUCAAUUUUAAUAUUUCAAUAUCGAUAUAUCAUUAUGCACAUACUUGUCGAUGAUCUGGCCGAGCUUAUGGAUUGCCUCAGUAUUACCAUAUCUAAUAGCCUAUUGCUGAUCAAACUUUUUAUACUUUGGAAUCAUCAGGGAACACUUCGUGAUAUUUUGCUUAUGAUUAACGACGAUUGGUCGAAAACAAUAACAACAAUAACAACAACAACAACAACAACAACAACAACAACAACAACAGCAGGAAUAGAAAGAACAAUAAGUAACAAAUAUCCGAUCAAAUAUUACGAUGUCAUGAUCGAUAAGAUUAAAUCAUUGCGACGUUUUACCAAACUCUGUUUUUUCGCUUAUUCAUUCAGUGCCAUAAUGUUUAUAUUUCCUGUUAUAUUAUCGAACGAUAGGAUACUCGUACUUAAAAUGGAAUUACCAUUCGAUCCAUUUCUUUCGCCGAUUUAUGAGAUCGUUUGUAUAAUACAAUUGAUAGAGGAAAUUGCGUUUGCCGCUACGUCUGGUAUGCUCAAUUCCAUCAUCGUGACUAUGAUAUUACACGUUGGCGGACAGAUAGAUGUGAUGUGUCAAGAGAUAGAGGACAUGUUCGAUCAAUUCCAACAGGACGAAACGUCACGUUUGAUAAUAUUGAAAUAUUUGAUAUUUAAACACGAUAGAAUAAUAUUGUUUUCGAGUUACAUAGAAGAUAUAUUCACUUACAUAGCCUUGUUACAAUUUUUUUCUAAUACCAUGGCCAUAUGUUUCUCGGGAUUUGUUAUAAUGAUCGUGGGUACAUAUAUAUCUAUGAACACUAACGAGGCCGGUGCUGUAUUAGGAAAAACUAUUCCAUAUUAUAUGAUGAUUAACAUCGAAGCUUUUAUUUUGUGUUAUAUCGGUGAAUAUCUCAGUUCAAAGAGUCUAACUAUCGCAGUAGCAGCAUACAAUUAUCAAUGGUACGGAUUAAAUCCUAAAGAGAGUAGAUACAUCUUGUUGUUGAUAUUACGAGGACAAAAAAAAUUGACCAUCACCAUUGGCAAAUUUUUGGAUUUGUCUUUGGAAAGUUUCGCCAGUAUUACUGUAUACGAAUACAAGUAUUUUAUAUUGCAAACUUUUCCUUACAAACGUCGAUUUCCGAUAAAUCGACUGGUAGAGUACAGUCUUCGUUUUAUUGGUCUCUGGCCAGAUUAUUCCUACGUAAUAGCUCAUCGUUUCUUAUGGAUAAUAACAAUGUCUUUAACGCUUAUCUUUCAAUAUUGGUACGUCAUUGUAAAUUUGAAAUCCGACGAUUUGCCAGAUCUUAUGGAUUGCUUGAGUAUAACAAUGUCGAAUACCGUGUUUUUCAUUAAGUUAAUUAUACUCUGGAUGAAAACUCGUGUCUUCGAUGAUAUUUUGAAAAUGAUGAUCAAUGAUUGGUUGGAUUCCAUUGAUAAAAAGAAAAAUCAUGAAACGAUGUCUAAUAGGGUGACACUGUCACAACGUUACUCGAGUUUCUUCGUUAGUUCUUAUUCCAUAGGGGUUACUUUUUUUUUAUCUUUCGCAUUGUUCACCCAAGAAAGACAGCUUAUAUUGAAAAUGGAAUUACCAUUCGAUACUACGAGAUCACCGAUCUACGAAUUGAUCAAUGUAAUUCAAUUCAUUCAAGAAUUUAUGGCUGCUUCGAUGUCAAGUAUGUUAAGUGCAUUACUUGUCACCUUGUCGUUAGAUUCCGAUCAAAGAAACGUAAUCUUAGCAAAAACUGUACCUUAUUACGUUCUAGCAAAUCUGGAAGCAUUUGCACUUUGUUACGCCGGUGAAUAUCUAAGUUCUAAGAGCACAGAUAUCGAGAAAGCAGCUUAUCAUUUGAAUUGGUACGAAUUGGAUCCAAGUGAUAGUCGAUUUAUAUUGGUUUUAAUGAUCAGAUCACAAAAACGAUUUGUCAUAACUACUGGAAAAUUUAUGAAUUUAUCAUUGGAAGUGUUUGCAAGCAUGUUAAAGGCAUCUGGAUCAUACGUGUCGGUUCUUUAUGCGAUGUAUUAAAAAUUCAUUUUAAUUAUAAAUAACAUCAUUCACGACUAUAUUUUAAUAUUGAGUAUACUCUAGUCUAAAUUACGAAUGCUUAUUAUUUUUAUAAUUGUGAUUUAAAUUUGUUUCUUAUUUGCUUUUUUUUUUUUUUUUUUUUCUUAUUUUUAUUUUUAUUAAAUUAUUAUUAAUUACGACUAUGAUAGAAUUAAUGA